AAAGAUAGUGGACUUCACUUGAAGCUGGGGAAGAGAAAGACUAAAUGGGGUCCUGACUUGUCACAAGACAUUGGAGUCAAGAAAGCUCGAGUUUUAGCUUACCAGAAACGCCUGGAUCAGAUUACACAGCGACUGGCUUCGGGAACUCUUGAAGUGGAGACUAAUAGAGAAUCAGCUUUAGCUUCACAGAACACCAAUGAUAUCAGUAUUGCUGAACAGCUGGAGUUUGAGAAGCGCGAAGCAAUCGGGGAGAUACUCGAGCUGAACCCGAGGUACAAGGCUCCACGUGAUUAUAAGCCAUUGCUAAAAGAAGCUAGAUUGCCAAUUGAUGUUAAAGAUCAUUCUGAUUUCAGCUUCCUAAGUAUCAUAUUUGGUUCCCAAGGUGAUACUCAAACGCGGCUCGAAAAAGAGACGGGAGCCAAAGUACAAAUUUUUGGUACUAAAACAGGAGGAGAGAAGGUUGAACUCUCUCCUUCACAUGAAAAUGAGAUCCAGACGCCCUGGCAAACCUUGUAUUUUCAGAUAUCAUCUGACACUUACGAAAAAGUGGAUGCAGCAAUUGCUGUAAUUGAGCUACUUAUGUCUUCAGUUUCUGGAAAUACGGGAGCUGAUGCUGCUCCUUCAUCUUCCAGAUCUGAAGAUAUUUCAACUAAUCCAGCCCUGACCUCCGAACAACCAACUGAUAGCUCUUUACAACCUCCUGAAAGCCAACUCCAACAGCAUGGUUCUUCCUUUCCUUGGGCUUCAAAUCAAGCUCCAUUUCAUCCACCUCUUAUACCCUCUGCUUCAGGUCAUGGUUAUAGUAUCCAGGAGCAAGCUCCAUUUCAUCCACACAUGCCUCGACCACCAGAUUCGUUCGCUUUUAACCUUUCCAACACACCAAGGGCCUAUUCUGUGACUGCGACUCCAUAUGCUGGCAGUCAGAUACAACCAAUAGGACCACAUUCUACUAUGAGGCCUUCAACCCUAUUUACUUUCCAACCUGUACAUAGACCAACUUUGUUGCCAGACGUAGUCUCAAGCAACAUGGCCCAGUCAGUACGGCCUCUGGCUCCUAACUUUAGUCCACAUCCGGUAGCUCAUCAGCAAGGUACUGAACCACCAUCAAUUCCCUUUCCCACAAGUAUAAAUCUGAAACAUCUAGCAGAAUAUGGUUCUGGUGGUUCUAUGCGUCCUAUGUCUGUGUCAGCACAUAUUACUGGCAGGCAUGCUGGUCUUGCUCCUCCCCCAGAUCGUCCCAUAAAUACAGCUCCUAGGCCAUUUUCCGGAGAUUUUGGUUUCCUAACACAGCAGCCAAACGUUGUUUCCACACCACAUAUAUCUCCUAGACCCAACUCUCAAUCAGCUCAUCUCCCUCAUCUGUCAUUUCAAGCCCCAUCCGUCACUCUAAACCCUCGACAUCUUGGGCAAAAUUUCACAAGAUUACAGCACUUCGACAGGCAGAUGGAACAACCCUUGAGCCAUCCAUCUACGCCAUUUCAUGGUAACGCGAGAUCUUCCAACUUGCAGAACUUUGGACCACCAUCGUCUCAUCAGAUGAGGCCGAGGAACUUCCCUGGAGCUCAAUUCCUGCAGCAUUCUACUCAUUUCCCUCCAAGACCAGUCUUUCAUCAUGAUAAUUUGGUACCGCGUGGCCAGCCACAGAUUCGCCACCGGUUCAACUCUGGAGUCCAUCAAGUGUAUGACCCGUUUUCACCCGGUGAUGUUUAAUUUAGUAGUGUAUUUUCAGUUGUAUGUGAAGGAUAGGCCAUUGUAUGUUAUUUUCCGAACAGAAAUUCCGAAACGUACGUUCACGUUCAUACUUAAGUUCAGGAGACACAUGAUUUUCUUU